CUCCCUCUAAAGCCAAGGAAUUUUCAGAUCUACAGUUGCUCCCUUCCCCUGUCCGCGAGCUGCUCUUGCCGUUCUUUGCGAAUCCUGUCCCUACCAUACCUGCCAGAUCUGGUUCUGCUUGUCAUAAAAUUUUGGAAGCGAAGUCAAGGAUGGGGAAAAACGAGGGGAGUGACGAGUUAGAAGGCUAGCCAUCUUGUAAAUUGAGCAUAAAUUUUAGAUAUAAAUUAUGAUUUUGUAAGCUAGAUUUUAUUUGGAGAUUUUAUGAUAUCAAGGCAAAUUUAAAAAUUUUAUCUUCAGAUUUUGUGGUAUCAGAUUGUGGUAUGAUAAGUUUCAAAUCUUAUGCAUUUAUGGGACCCUUUCACGAGUGUACCACGUCUGCUUUGUCCUCGAAUUUGGUUCUAGGGUGUGACAGGGUUCUAAACGCUGGGUUCUAGAUGUUGGAAUCCAAGCGUGCUGGGUUUGAACCCAGUAGCCAUUGGGUUCCAACUGUUGGAACCCAAUUGUUCUUGGUUCGAACCUAACCCAACUUGCUGGGUUCGAAUGUAGUGGUCGCUGGCUGGAACCCAUGCGUGCUGGGUUCGAAUGCAAUGGCCGUUAGGUUCCUACCGUCGGAACCCAUGUCUCCACAAACCCAACACGCUUCUCUAUAAACAUUUUAUUAUUGA